AUGGAGCAUUUCGACCGCAGUGCCCUACUGCAGUUUCACCAGCAGGCCAUCACGCAUGCGCUGGCGCCACAGCAGUCGCAGAAGCAGAUGCCUUGCCAACUCAUCUUUCCCGACGACACCAUGGCGAUCGGCUCGCCGGCCUUGCCGCGGCAAAACCUCUUCCCUGCGGAUGGAGAAGGGCUUCAGGAAUCGGAAGAGGAGAGGCAGCGGCGCUUGUUGCAGAACGAGCCGAUUGUGGUCUACACCUCUCUCUCCGAGCAGGAGGUGCUUCUGCCGGAGAUUGCCAAGAGAGGACUUGCACUUCUACUGGUGCUCGCGCUGCAAAUGGUUUGCAUCAUCAUCAUCCUCACAGGUGGUGAGGCACACCAGUUGUUUGUGGAGGGCACCAGCAGUCCCAGCCAUCUGCAGGUGAUGCUCUAUGGGUCCCAGAUAGCACUACAGCCCAUCUUCUUGUUGGCCAUGUAUCUAUGGAGUGCAGACCUCUUGAAGAUCUACACCGUCUUGAGCCAGCUGCUCUUCGUGCUCAUGGCGGCUUUGGCCAUCCGAAGCCCCUUGGACAUGCUGGUCUGUAUCCUCUCGGUGCCCCUGAUCCUGCUGGGGGACGGCAUUCGGCAUCUGAUGAUGCCCCACUGCUUCGUCUUGAACUGA